AUGUUUGGUUUCGGAUCCCGAAACGAGUUCAAUGUCGAUGGGCAGACUGUGGUAAUCACCGGUGGUUCCGAUGGCAUGGGCAAAGCUGUCGCGCUCGAGCUAUCCGCGAAAGGCGCAAACGUUGUCGUGGUUGCGCGAACUGUUUCCAAGCUGGUGACUGCCGUCGAUGAGAUGAAGACCAAGGCAGCGAAUAUUUUCAAGCAGAAAUUCCAUUAUAUCAGCGCCGAUCUCACUGAUCCUGUUGAGUGCGAAAGAGUCAUCGCAGAAGUCACAGCGUGGAAUUCUGGAGCUGCUCCUGACGUUGUUUGGUGCUGCGCGGGCUUCUCCCGCCCAGGAUACUUCGUCGAUGUGCCCAUCCAAGAUCACCGACAGCAAAUGGAUACAAUCUAUUGGACUGCGGCCAACACGGCUCAUGCGACCCUGCGCAACUGGCUGAACCCCGUUCCUCCGAGUGGACAGAUGAAAACACCCCGGAGGCAUCUCAUUUUUACAUGCUCUACCCUUGCAUUCGUUCCCAUCGCUGGCUAUUCGCCGUACUCGCCUGCCAAGGCAGCCAUUCGUUCGCUAUCUGAUACUCUGAGCCAGGAAAUCGAAAUGUACAACGGAGCCUAUACCCAACGGCACCGCAGUGAUGCCCCGGCUGCGGAUGUCAAGAUCCACACCGUUUUCCCCAUGGGGAUUCUCUCACCCGGCUUCGACAACGAGCAAAAGACCAAGCCUGAAUUGACCAAGAAACUUGAAGAAGCCGACAAGCCCCAGACGCCAGCGGAGGUCGCGCAAAUCUCUAUCCGUGCCCUAGAGCGUGGAGAGUACCUAAUCACUACCAACUUUGUUGGUGCCAUCAUGAAAGGAACUGCCCUUGGGCCCAGCCCGAAAAACAGCAUUGUCGGUGACACUUUGCUCAGCUGGCUCAGCAACCUGGUAUUCCUCCAGGUCAUUCCAGACCUUCGCAGCAAGGCUUUCACUUGGGGAAAGCAGAACGGGCUUCCCAACAAUACUGACAGCUACUAUUUUCGGCACAAAGAGGAAUUGCUGGGAAAAGAGAAACAAAACCCUCGCUCCUCCGAAAGACUCGACGAUAGCGAUAACACAAGAUACAACUAUUUACUUUCGAGUCUUUCAAUACCAUUUACAGCAAUUAACACACAAGCUCGUGUGAAGAUGGAGGCCCUCUUCUCAAUACCGAUUCUGUCCGUCUUCCUGAUUCCAGUCCUUUCAUCCUACAGCACCAGCCUGAACCUCCUUUUCUUCUACAUGACUUGGUCAACGCUGGUACUGUCGCAUUCCCGACUCCGCGUGGAACUGUGGGGAACAAUCGCCGUGCGCAUAAUAUUCUACGCACUGCCGUCUAUUGUCUUCUUCCUCUUCGAUAUCCUGACCCCGUCGGCCGCGGUUCUCAUCAAGGCGCAUGGCGCGACUGGCUUACCGGGUGGGAAGAGGCGACGUCGGAUCCACGCCAAGGAGCUCAAGAUCGCCGGGUGGGGGCUGUUCAAUUUAUUUUUGGGUAUCGCUGUGCAGGGCAUGCUUGAGAUGAUACUUGUUCGGACGCUCGGCAAGCGCAGUGCGCUUAAGGUAUCGCUGAAGCUUCCUAUGCCAUUUGAGAUGUGUAGGGAUUUGAGCUUGGCGAUGCUGGGGCGAGAAUUCCUUUCAUAUUUCCUUCACCGCUAUGCUCUCCACUCCAAAAUAUCUCCUACACUUGCCAAAUGGCACCAGUCUUGGUAUCAUUCAUUGUCUGCUCCGUUCCCAUUGACCGCGCAUUACGACCACCCGAUUCCCUACCUGGUUACCAAGUUCAUCCCGACCUUUGCGCCGGCCAUCAUCUUCCGCUUCCAUAUGCUUACGUACCUCUUGUAUCUACUGUUUAUCUCUGUCGAGGAGACCUUCGCAUACUCUGGAUAUACUGUCAUGCCGACAAAAUUAUUUUUGGGUGGGAUCGCCCGUCGCACGGAUAUGCAUUUGUUGAUGGGCGGAAAGGGGAACUUUGGCCCAUGGGGUGUUGUGGAUUGGAUUCUUGGCACUGUUGUUGGAGACGAUACCGAUGAUGAGAUGAGUGAUGAGGCAGAUGAGGCAGAUGAGCAGGACAUGCGGAAGGCGUAUGAGGUUAUGAAGCGAAAGGCUGUUGGGUCUGGAAAGUCAAAGCGGCGAUGA